UUAUUGAUCCUAGGUCUUUCGCGUUCAAGGAGGCUCGAAAUUUUCACCCAGCGUAGAAAAAUUGGAUUUCCCUCACGUUAGAGAGUUUUAAGUUCCAUUUUCCAACACUCUGGUGAUUCGGCGUGUGUUGGGCGCUGAUUUCAUAUACAUUUAACCGGAAUCACGUACUAAAACAUAGGGUGAAACACGGUUUUUUAACUAUUCUACAUAUGGUUAUGUCAUUAUGGUGAAUGGAUCAAAUUCCAUACAAAUCAAUCAAAUUCUAAUUGAAAGUGUCAAACAUCGCAUUGAAGAAUGAAUGAAUGAUCGUCUGUAAAACAAAAUAUUUGUCGAAAGUGCUUUGAUUGAUUCAAAAGCUCAGUGAUAAGUUAAAACCAGAAAAAAGUGCUUAGACAAAUCUAGUUUAGUCUAGUUUUGAGUGCUUAGAAAAUUCCAAAAUGCAACCCUUUUCCAACAACGACUAUGGGGGAAACGAAUAUGGAAAUUACGAUCAGCAGCAGCAACAACAGCAAUUUCCAAUGCAGCCACAAGGCGUCGCUAGGCCAAUGGUGGAUCCGGAAGCGAUGGGGGAGGUCGAUCCAACUCUCUACCCUCAAGCGAAGGAAUCUACGCACAAAAUCCGCGGCAGGUCGGACAUCCUGGAGAUGCUGUGCGGAACCGUGGACCAGGAGCUGCUCCCAGUGAAGACGUUCUACUUCUUCUUCUACGCAGCUUUUGGAUCACUGUUUCCGCUAAUGGGAGUUUACUUCAAACAAAUGGGCAUGAAUCCGGGUCAGUGUGGACUGUUGAUUGGCACCCGUCCGUUUGUGGAAUUUCUAUCGGCACCGUUUUGGGGAAGCUAUGCUGACCGUUGCAAGAAGGGUAAAAUGCUGCUGCUGGCUUCCCUUGCCGCUUGGAUUCUCUUCACGCUGCCGAUAGGAUUCAUCCAACCCCCGGCAACCAGCUGUAUCGAGAGGAAAAAUUCAACCGACUUCGAGCUGCGCACCCCACAAGUCCAACGGAUUCUGAAACGAUCCAUCGACGAGAAAAUGCUCGAAGAGGCUUCAUUUGGCAAAUUUACCGACUUUGAUGGCCAUUUCACGCGAGUUGAACGUGCUGCACGACCUGUGGCUGCGGCUGGUCAAUCUCCAUUGGGAGUUAGCUAUGCCAACAACUUCAAUGAAAAGCUGCACUACGAUUGGGUUUCACCGUUGUUUUCGUCGAUCGUCUACAGAACUGCUGAUAUCCAAAAAGCUUUCUUCCUGCUUCUGCUGUUGGUAGUCAUCGGAGAGUUUUUCAGUGCCCCAGCUAUCACCCUGGCCGACUCAGCCGUUAUAACACUCUUGGGAGAAGAUGCCGAUCGGUACGGCCAUCAGCGAAUGUUUGGCUCCCUCGGUUGGGGUCUGGCAAUGUUCUUCGUGGGUAUUGCUUUGGAUCACUCGACAGCUUUCCCCGAUCACCCCUGCGGUCCCGAGAAACAGGAGAAGAACUACUCGAUAUGUUUUGCCACCUUUUCCGUUUUGAUGGGAGCUGCGUUGAUUUCGGCGACCCAAAUUAGCUUCAAAUACGACUACUCGGAACCCCAAGAAAUACAAGUGGAGAAACCUCCCCAGGAACCAACUCGUGAAGAACAGAUGCAGGAUCAGCUUGCCCAACAGCUGCAAUUGCCUGCACUGGCCGCAUCUGGAGGUGGCAUGGCCAGUGCUGCGCCUCCGGCUCAAGCCCUUGGUGCUCAGACUAAAAUAUUUGCACAAACAACUCGCGAGAUUCCCGAAUGGAUCACCGUCAUCAAGCAGUUCAAAGACCUGAAAUGUGCCUCGUUCCUAUUCGUGGCUUGGUUCAUGGGAUUCGGCAUCGGGUUGAUUUUCACGUUCCUAUUCUGGCAUCUGCAGGAUUACGGCGGUUCUCCAACGUUGUUCGGAGUUGCCUCGGUCAUUAACCACAUUUCCGAAAUAUUUGCUUACUUCUUCAGUUUUCGACUCAUCACCCAAAUUGGACAUGUUAAGGUUCUCUGCCUCGGCUUAGUCGGCAACAUCUUACGUUUCCUCUAUAUUUCAUACCUAAAAAAUCCGUGGUGGGUGCUGCCAUUCGAGUUCAUGCAAGGAAUAACCCAUGCCGCUGUUUGGGCUGCCUGUUGUUCUUACAUUGCCCACAAUACCCCGCAGCAGUUGAGAGCAUCCGCUCAAGGCGUGCUUCAAGGACUUCAUCACGGUUUAGGUCGAGGUUGUGGAGCCGUCAUCGGAGGCAUGUUCGUAAACUACUUCGGCACAACGGCCACAUUCCGUGGCUAUGGAGUCAUCUGCAUCUUCGUCUUAGCCGGAUUUGUGUUCAUCAAUUUCUAUCGAAAAGAGCAGGGUUUCAUAUCUGAAAUUCCUACAACGGAAGAUCCUCAUCAGGUUGCCGAAGAAACCUCUCAUCUGGCUCCACAUGGUGUUCCGAGUAAUCCUAUCCCUCGAGCCCUCUCAAGUACGCGACUCAACGAAAUCGGAACUCAAAAUGCGGAUAACGGAUAUGGAACCUAUCAAACCACUGGAGGAGCUUUGGACGUUCCUGGCGGUGCUCCGCGAAAUCCAUUUGCAGCACCUCAGCAGCCUAAUAAUGCGUACGGUGGCAAUCAGUAUUAAUUGAUCAAGGAAUCAUUAAAGCCGUCGUCGUAUGAAAUAGGUUAGAUAUUGCAUGUCAUAAACGAUCACUAAUGCCACACUCAUCGGACGUAUCCAUACGUCUUUUACGUAAUAUGGUUCGUUUGUUGUACCCCACCAAAAAUUGGAUCUCCUGAUGCAUUCUCCCAAAUAGUGAAAACAAAAUCAUCAUACCACCACCAUGCUUCUCAGUUUCCGAAAUUUUCGUUCUGUUGGAAUUAUUUUAAAUCAUACAAAAUCGAUAACAUCUAAGCGCUUUCCGAAGUUACAAUCAUUAAGGCUUAUAUAUUACUACUAUAAACAAAGCAACUAGAUUCAAAAAAAUAGUACUAGAAAGCUCAGUUAAGCUAUCUUCACACUAGUUUCUUUCGCAAUAAAUUAUAUAAAACAAAACUAGUGUGAUCAAAAAUUACUAACACUAUUACUAAAUACUUACGAAACUAACUGUCUAUUUUUAGGAAUGAUAUAAGAAGAUAAUUCUUAAAGCAUUAUUUUUGAAGCAACAAAAUCGCAUCUAAGUUGUGUUAUUCUACGAAAAACAAUCGAAUUUAUGUUGAUUUAUAAGAGAGACUUUACUUAAUUGUUGAUGUUUUUGGGUUUUUAACGAAUGUCAUUAUUGUUAUCGUUACUGCACCGCGACUAUCGACUUCGAAACCACGAUUAAAUGUUAAGGCUUGACCUCUUCGGUGUACGUUUUAUGCACGCAAAAUUUACCAAUCAAUUGCACAACGAAAACUCGUCCACCUGAAUGUCUGAAUCAGGAUUUAUUUUAACAAUGUUUUUGAAAUCGUCGUGAAAAUCGAGCAACACAAUUGCUAAUAUAUGUAUAUGUACCGUAAUGGCAGCAAAAGCUUUAUUGAACAAUGUCUUAUCGCAUAUCAGUUUUCACUACAAAUUUUAAAGAAAAACAGAAUAUUUAAAUAUUGAACAAAAUGUUGUGGAAUACUAUUUACGAUAUAUAUACAUAUACCUGAGAAAAAUGUUCCCUUUCUUGGAAUUAAACAAUAUUUCACUAAAAUGUUAAGAUACCCUCGGGCAAAUUUCUCAUCUUGAAGGAAAUCUAAGAAAGAAAAGCUGCAACUCGGUUAUUUUUAGCCUUACGAAUCCAACUGAGAACUCUCUACUUGGACGAGCUCCAAAACUAUUUGAUUGUCAACCAGCUGAACAUUUGAUCCUCAGUCAAGACAAAUAGUAUAUGGUACAUCAUUAUUUUUCUCUCAUCCCUGUGUAGUAGAAUACGAUGUUGGAUGGGAUAUUCUUGAUUUUAUUUGCUUUUAAUCGCAUGUUGAACGUUCAAAUAGAUUUUCAAAUGCUUGAGUUGUUAUGUAAAAUUAAAAUUAUAAAUUAUACUAUUUUUAACCAUAUUCCUAUUUGCAAAUGUUUGACAUUAUUUGUCACAAUACAAUUCCACACAUGGAAGUUCAUACUAAUGCAGCAAGAAGAGAUUUCGUUUCCCUCAUGUUAGAACGAAGAUCGCAUCCAACGUCGCAUUUCAUUUGACUGAUAGAAACAAAAGCAGAGGUUUUAAGUAUGCGUACAGCAACAAAAAUAGUCGUAUUAUUAAGUAGAUUGAACUAUAUAGUAUAAUAUAUCGAUCAAAAACACUCAAAUCGUAUUGAUGUUAAACAAGGGAGAAAGAAGAAACAGAUGUAAGCGAGACAUGACAUUAAAGAAAAUGAAAAUUAAAAGUAUUCGUGAUCUAAGAUUGGCAGAGAGUAUGUACAGCACUGAUAUUAAUGUAAUAUAUAAAUUACCAUAUAGAACUCACCAAAAAAUCUGCACUCCUAAACUAAAAUACAUUAAACGCGAAGACCGUUACAACAAAUAAACCAAUACAUAAAAUUA